CGCGCACCGCCGUGCCAUCAGUGCGACGUGCGCGCACGUCACUUUUUACUCCAAAUUGCAAACGUUCCAAAUUCAAAUUUGACAGCCGAAAGUUUGUGAUCGUUCUUUUUAUUGGUGAAUUGGAUUCUGUGGUUUUCUGAGCCAGGUCGUCGGAGUCGAUAAGAUGGUGCAUUUUAAGACUGUGGUGUUGGUACUGGCGCUGGCGGCGCUGGCAGCCGCGAAGCCUCCCAAACGAAAGCACUACAAGCGCGAUGCGCCGCUGAGCUCGUCCUACCUGCCGCCAUCACCUUCAAGCAGCUACGGAGCGCCCAGCCGGCCGUCAUCUAGCUAUGGAGCCCCGUCACGGCCUUCAUCAAGUUAUGGAGCCCCAUCACGCCCCUCAUCCAGCUACGGAGCCCCACCGAAGCAGAGCUACGGGCCUCCACCUUCAAGCUCGUACGGCGCACCCCCUCCUUCCUCCAACUACGGCGCCCCUCCGUCAAGACCCUCGUCGAGUUAUGGAGCUCCCCCCAAACCAUCCAGCUCAUACGGAGCGCCCGCCAGACCGCCCGCGACCAGCUAUGGUGUCCCCACUGGACCUUCCACCACAUACGGAGCACCGUCUAAGCCCUCUAGCAGCUACGGCGCCCCGCCUAAACCAUCCAGCUCUUACGGUGCCCCGUCUAAGCCCUCCAGCUCUUAUGGCGCUCCCCCUCCCUCAAGCUCCUACGGCGCACCUUCCCCGCCAUCUAGUUCAUACGGCGCUCCACCUUCCUCUUCGUACGGCGCUCCCUCAGGCGGCUCCGGUCACGGCGGUGGCUCUGGACACGGUGGUGGUUCCGGGCACGGCGGCGGCUUCAGCAGCGGUGGAUUCAGCAGCAGCGGCAGUGGGUUCAGCAGCAGCGGUUUUGGUGGCAGCGGUUUCGGUGCUUCAGGUCCUUCGAGCAGCUACGGCGCCCCUGCCCCUCCAUCCAGCUCCUACGGCGCACCGUCUCCUCCUUCAAGCUCUUAUGGCGCCCCUUCUCCACCCUCUAGCUCGUACGGCGCCCCCGCCGCUCCUCCCUCCAGCUCUUACGGUGCCCCAUCCCCUCCUUCUAGCUCAUACGGCGCCCCUAGCUCUGGAGGGUUCUCGUCCGGUGGACACUCGUCCGGUGGUCACUCAUCCGGUGGUCACUCAUCCGGAGGUCAUGGUGGCGGCGGCGGCGGUGGUGGUUACUCGUCUGGCGGUCACUCUAGCGGUGGAUUCUCACCCUCCAGCUCGUACAGCGCUCCUUCUAGCUCGUACGGAGCGCCCUCUCCUCCGUCUUCCUCGUACGGUGCCCCGGCUGCUCCCUCAAGCUCGUACGGCGCCCCGGCUGCCCCGUCCAGCAGCUACGGUGCUCCUAGCUCUGGUGGCGGACAUGGAGGGUUCUCUGGUGGCUUCUCUUCUGGUGGUCACUCUGGCGGCGGCGGCGGUGGUUACUCAUCUGGCGGCUCUGGAGGGUACUCGUCUGGCGGUCACGGAGGCUCCGGUGGCCACGGAGGCUCCGGUGGAGGCGGCGGCUACCCCAGCGGCGUCCCCGACACCAUCAGCCAGGGCUACGACUCUAACGGCGGCUAUGUGUAUUAGAAAAUCAUUGCAAUUCCUUAUGUGAUAGAUCGGUGAUAGAAUAUUCGUGUCAGUCAUUUUCCAAGAGCAUCUUAAGUUUUACGAUGUGUAGACCACAGUGAUAACAUGUUUUGUGAUAGAUGAAUAUUGUUUGGGAUAUUAUGUAUUGUGCGUAGUUCACUCACACUGUGGUCUGGCACAUUGUUCCCAGCUGGUGCGUCUGCUCUGUGACCUGUCAGCGCCACCUAGCGGCGUCUGAGUACUCGAUCAAGUUAGUCUCUCUAUUUAUUUAGUCACGCCGUCUCUAUCGCUGACUCGUGUGUAAGAACAAUACUGAGCGAAAGUAUUAAUUAUAUUAUUUAAUUAUAAUGACGAACUGUACAAAAUUAGUUUAAGAAAAGAAUUUUGUAUAAAUUAAUAAAAAUGUAAAUAAUUAAA